ACAACGGGGUGGGGGUGGCUGCCAUCAAGUCCAUCCGUGUAGAUGUGCAGUGUAAGUGGACUCAGAGGAGGAGCACUCCUUCCACAUAGAGCUGACUCUCACGGUAGAGCCAUUCCCACGGCCGAAGGAUGGCUAAACCAGGGAUGAGAUGAUAGUGGCGAGAUUGGCGGAAGAGAGAUGAAAGACAGAUUGGAAUGAUGAGAUGUGGGAAUGGCUUCCAGGAGUAUCUGAUGACUUAUGGUGGAGAGGUUGAAAAGCAUGACUGCUGGAUCAAGUAGAAUUUCUCUAUCUGGGAGUACAGAUAAGAGGGUGCAACACAUUAAAAAAUAAUAUCCCUGCUGGUAAAAUGCAGGGAUAAUGCAGGUGUGUGCUGCACCCUUUGGUCUAAUUGCCAAAGAAAAGCGUCAGAUGCUCCUGAGUAAAAAGUGAAGUCAGCUGGGAUUAAUUACAUUUUUGCAACAGUUAGUCCGGGUGGCACGGGCCCCCUAACCCAAUGCUUCUCAGGUCACCUUCAUAAGAUGGUUACACAUUACAACCAGCUAUAAUGAGAAGAUGCAUUAUGUAUGUAAGGCCCACUUUUUUACAGACUUAUUUAUAUCACUUGAACUAUAGUCUGACUACAUUAAAACGGCCCUUUUUGUCUUACACAUUAAUCAUUAGCAACACUCAAUACUGUUUGGUGUUUAUGUUGCCUUUUCACAUGGAAAAAAACAACAUAUUUGAAUAAAAAGUAUCUGCAAUGAUGCUUCAACCUAAAAGCACAGAUACUUUAAUAGUUUGGGAACCUUGUUUUUUUGUUUUCGUGGCUUUUUUUUUAUUUUAUCCUUGGGGGUUCUGAUCAUGAGAGCACUUAAAAGUACGUACAUUCACAUUAGAAUCUCAUCACCUAUUUUUUUCUUUACUCUUUGUGAAUGUGAUUCAUGUAACUCCCGAAUGUCUGCACACAAACGGGUGAAAACUUGGCAAAACAUGCACCCCUACUGUGCUCUUUUCAGACAAAUACACUAUGUGUAUCUGUACCUCGUAAGUCAGAUUGAUUUGAAAUUGAAAAAAUCAAUGCAAAGCACCCGCUGUAACUUUAGAGUGUUUAGCCAAAAUUUGGCACAGUGGUCGAGUGGUUAGCGUGCAGACCUCACAACGAGGAGACCAGGGUUCAAUUCCACCCUUGGCCAUCUCUGUGUGGAGUUUGCAUGUUCUCCCCGUGCAUGCGUGGGUUUUCUCCGGGUACUCCGGUUUCCUCCCACAUUCCAAAAACAUGCUAGGUUAAUUGGCCACUCCAAAUUGUCCAUAGGUAUGAAUGUGAGUGUGAAUGGUUGUUUGUCUAUAUGUGCCCUGUGAUUGGCUGGCGACCAGUCCAGGGUGUACCCCGCCUCUCGCCCGAAGACAGCUGGGAUAGGCUCCAGCACCCCUGCGACCCUCGUGAGGAAAAAGCGGUAGAAAAUGAAUGAAUUAAUGAAUUGUCCAUAGGUAUGGAUGAAUGGUUGUUUGUCUAUAUGUGCCCUGUGAUUGGGUACCCCACCUCUCGCCCAAAGCUAGGAUAGGCUCCAGCACCCUCCGCGACCCUUGUGAGGAAAAAGCGGUAGAAAAUGAAUGAAUGAAUCUUUAGGGGACUGACAAACCCUAACUCUAACCCUAAAAUUUGAGCCAGAUUGAUGGAAAAUUAUGGUACUAUCAAGCAAGUUUCUACUUCUCCGUUUGAUGCAUUGCAUUGACACUCGCUGCAUUCAUAUCUGCACCAGAUCGCCAAAGAUGCAUGGUUAGAAACAGCCCAAAUAGUGUCAUUUGUUGACAAUGGGACCAAUGCCACUGAUAUCCUCAAAACACAGCACCCAGUGCUAUCAUGAUGUCGAGAUACAAACAUGAUAUGGCUGGAGGGCGUUACAUUGAAUUUAAAUGGGACCACUGAGAAGCAUUGUAGUGUUGUAGGGGUCCCGUGCUGCUGCUUGUGUCACUGCCCCACUGUUCCCGUGAGUCAGGAACCAGGUCAUGGCAUCAGGUUAACAUACACCCUUACACACACACUUGCACACUUGUGUCCCCACUUGGAUGUAAUUCUAUUCAUUUUCCCCAAACAGCUCCUGCCAUUGAAUCAAUCCUUUAAAUUGCUGUUUUAUAGAUGACAAUAGAAAAAAAAGCCUUAUUUUCCAAGGGCCUAUAAAACAAAACAAUCAAUUCUGUGUAGUAUGUUUGCUUAAUUCAUCUUGCCUUCAGUGCUGUUUUGUGCACAGUCCACUAACUAUCAAAGCUCCUAAAUCAAACAAUUUAACCUUCACACUCAACCACCACGUUUGUCGUUUAUCCACUACCCUACUGCACCUCUUAAUGAAGCAUCCCCUCCUUUUCUCACCCCCCACUCCCACUUUCUGCUCAUAGCUGUCCCCGGGCACUAGUGUGCCUACCCCCCUUUCCAUCCACUGGGGACCUGGUAAUUGCUGGAGGCCCCGCUCGGCUUGUACUGUCAGCGCAGUAGUGACAGGACCUCUGUGAGGCUAACCAGCUCUGACGGCCAAUGCUUGUUCAAUUCCCCAUCCCACUCCCCCACCAAUGCGGGGUCAGGAACGGUAGCGAUCUGCUUCCUACUCGGGGUGGCUGUAGAGCUAAAACGAUAUAACAAUUAGCCCGGGCCGGCAGAAUGGAAGAACAGGAGAUACUAUGCACCGUCCAUGGCCAAAAAAAUGUACAUUUUCUGCUGCAUGACACCGUCAGACAUAAAUAUUUAGACAGUAUUGUUAAACUGCAAUAUUUAGCAUUGUGUUAUAUUGUCGUCAUUUCCAGUUGACCGGGUAUGAGAAAUAUGACCUGAUACUACUUGCUUUUGCCAAUUUAAUAGUUUCGGUAGCGAGUAGAUUUGCAUUGAGACAAGUAGCUACCAUGUAGUGGAAAUAAAGUUAGUGUAGAGUUGAAUGUUUAGUGAUUUCCUUGCCAGCAUUUUCUAAAAAGUCAAUUUACAUAGCCUCAUUAACUAAAAAUUUUUGUUUUAAUCCCUGUAUUCUUGUGGAUUUUGCCUUUUAUAAAGAUAAACAAGUAGCAAACAUUUGAGAACUGAGAGAAAAAUAAGUGAAUAAGCACCUAAAAAGGUAGAUGCACUGACAUGUCCUCAAGUUUGCGUGAGGCCAGCCAACCAGUCAUUGUACUAGAGGGCAGAACAAGCUGUUACUUGCGGUUCGGAACAAACAACAGUUUCCGUGCUCACAUUGCUUCUUUCAUGCAUCCAUUUUGUCUUUCCCACAUUAGCUCUCUUCAACUUCAUUUUUCCUUUUUGCACCCCUCGUUGUUUAAUGUCUCAUUAGCUUUUCUUCGUUCUUUUUCAUAGCCACAUAUCACACAGUAGAACUGUAUGUUUAUGUGUGCGUCCACCAUGGGUCAGUUGGGGUUUCUCUCUCACAGCUUGGCAUGCCUGGCCGUAGGUCUCCAACCCUGCAUGCACCUUUACUUCCUUUGGGACAAUCACCUGAGCGCAUGCACGUACGCCCACACAAGGAGAAACAUGCAUACAUCUCCCUAUUCUGCUCGGGGAGUAGAUGCGUUCAUAAAAAGUCACAAUAAGUUAUGUGGAUGCUGAAAGUUAUGGAUUUGUCAGUGUAUUAUUUUACUGUUUCAUAACGAGGUCAUCAUUUACCGUAUUCAAAUGCAAUAUCAGUGGAUUGGCUAUUAACGUAUUUUCCGGAUUAAAAGUCAGACUUUUUUUCAUAGGUUGGCUGUUCCUGCGACUUAUACUCCAGAGCGACUUCUAAAUGAAAAAAAAAACUGUUUAUGUUACAUAAACACUGGACACCUUUUCCGUUCAUGUUUAUUUUUCGUGUAGCUGAAUAACCAUUGUGUUAGCAUAUCUUACACCUAUUCAGCCUCUAUUCUUUUUUUGUUAGAAUUUGUUUUGGUCAAGUAGUUUGUAAAAUAAAUUACCCACAAAAAAUGUGACUUAUACUCCAGUGCGACUUAUGUAUGUUUUUUUCUACCUAAUUAUGCAUUUUUGGCCUUGUGCAAUUUAUACUCCGGAACGACUUAUAGUCCAGAAAAUACAGUAAAUUUUCAGUUCAUUGAAACAAAAUAUGUCGGAACUGAUUAAUCGGAUAUGCAUGAUUUCUUAUGGUAAAAAUGUUUUCGGUUUUAGUACGUUUUGGUUUGAGUCGGACCUUCUAGAACAGAUUAAUGUUGCUAACCAAGGUUCCACUGUAAAUGAACUUGGAUAUAUUGUAUUAUUCACAUAAAAUUGGCUUUUGAGAAGACAUAAUCAAAUAUCAGGGCUACUCACGUUUUUGACAUAUUUGUUUAUGUAUUUGUCUGUAGAAUAGUCUUUAGGGUUAGCAUAAGAACAUUUAAUAUCUUUAGCUACUUUUUGAAGAUAAUGAAUUGCCAUUUGUCACUUGCAGUCACACCAUUAACUUAUGACUUAAUCCGGUUAUAUCAUUUAUAUAUGAGCUGCAUGUACACUUGAGGUACCUCAGAGCAUGACCCAAAGCUCUCACACAACAUAAAAGACGUUGCUUACACUUUCAAAAGGUGUGCAAGGGCAGCCGAGAAGGGAGAGAGUGAAUGGCAGAUGGAGCUGAAAAAAAGAGCAGAAAAUGAGCAGAAGAUUUCAAGAAAGGAAAAGCAAUAUGCAAAUUGUGUUCUGAGAUGGAAGCUCUUAUGGCCAAGUGAAUUGUAAUAUUUAUGUGCUUAUUUAGACCUUUUGUCUCCUUCUUUUUCAUGUCUGUGGUCCUCAAUCAUACUCGUUUUGUCCAUUCGCCCUGAAUUCAUCCUUGGUUAAAUCAGCAUGGGCUUCAUUAUCAUUUAUCAGACUUUCUUCUGCCAAUCUGCCUUUGUGCAGUUCCAAAAGAAACACAUAUAACACAGUAUUAUGACACAAUAUCAUUGAUGCAAAGUUGUACUGUAUGCAAUGCAACACACGACACACUUUAGACCUCCAUCACACUUGAUGACCCAAUGACCUGGAACCCUAAUGACAGAGACAGUGGGGCAGUGAGCAGACGAGGGUUAACUCAGAAGUAGCCUCUACUGAUGGGAUGGACUUGGUUCAGAGACCCAACCAAUGUUAUAUGCAUUUAGCUCGGAUGAAGAAAUAAUACUGCAUUCGCAAAGGAAAACAAACUAAAUAAAUAAAGGGUUCCCUGUGGAUAUUCUUCUCUGGACAGCACCAGACCUUGACACUCCAGUUCUGACGGUUCACCAGACCAUCAGUGACGUGCGUGGAAGUUAUUACCAAGAAAAGACAGUGUUCCUGCGCUGCACCGUCAACUCCAACCCGCCUGCUCGAUUCAUCUGGAAGCGCGCCAACAUGCUCAUUGAGCAAAGCAAAGACAAUGGCGUGGACAUCUAUGAGCCUCUUUACACUCAGGGUGAGACGAAGGUGCUGAAGCUGAAAAACCUGAGAACGAAGGAUUUUGCUGAUUACACGUGUCAGGUGUCGGUUCGCAAUGUGUGUAACAUUGAAGACAAGUCAGUCACCUUCAGGCUCACAAAUGCCACAUCUCCUCCGAUGGUCCGGCUAUCUGUUGAUGACACAGUGGUGGUGGAUCCCGGACAGGAUGUGAUCAUCACCUGUGAGGUGACUGCAGGUUUCCCCACUCCUAAUGUUAUGUGGUCACGUUACCCGGGACCCCUUCCCCUCAACGCCCAAGUUCGGGGCGCCUCACUCAUACUGCGGGCCGUCACGCCAAUGGACGCUGGCUUCUACAACUGCACAGCGGUAAACAAUGUGGGCAACCCUGCUCGCAAGAAUGUCAACGUUGUUGUUAGAACCAUGAGCAACCUGACCUUCCAAAUUACUCCGGACUCCAACAAGGACAGCGAGACGAUCCAAAUGGGUCGUGACCUCAAACUGUCCUGCCACGUGGACGCCACCCCUCAGGACAAGGUCAACUACACCUGGUACAAGAACGGUGCUCUGGUCUUCAACUCAGACAGCCUGAUCUUGCUACGCAGCGACCCCGACAUGGCGCCCGGCACCAGCAGCUUGGAGAUCGUGGACAUGAAAUUCCGAGAUUUGGCCACUUACAGCUGUGUGGCUAACUUUCCUGGCAGCAGCGUGCCGGAGCUCCGAGUGGAUGUCAACAUCUCCCAGAGCAGUGUCUCUCCCCCAAUGCUGGCGCUCCCUCCAGGAGGUCAGGUGGUCAAUGCACGUGAAGGCGGCAACGCAGAGCUGGUCUGCUUAGUGGUGGAAGGCAAGCCACGUCCGCCGAUCCUCUGGUCCCGCACAGAAAAGGACCUGCUGAUGCCGUCGGGGAAGUCCGUGGUGGAGACAGCCGAUGGGCGCUUGAGGCUGAGGAAUGUAAGCCGGGACAUGAUGGGGUCUUACCGCUGCCAGACUGCUCCUUACAACGGAUUGAACAUCAAGCGGCGUGAGGCGCAGGUUCAGCUCAAUGUGCAGUAUCCUCCCAUUCUGGAUCCGGUAUAUCAGGAUACCCGUGCAAGGAACUCUGAGAUGGUGACCCUCAGGUGUUCUGUCCUGCGCUCCAACCCACCACGUAUUACGGACAUUCGCUGGUUCCGCAACGGCGACUUCAUCCGUAUGCCCAUGCCGGAUCUGAAGGAGACCCCUGAGCUGAAGUUCAAGCUGGAACCUACCAACAACGGCUCUUAUGAGUGCAGAGUCAGCAACAGUGCAGGGACAUCCACGUGCAGAUUUAAUGUCUCAGCACAACCUUACAAUGCUGAAUUCUACUUUGACACCCCCAACCCGGUGAGGAUUCUGAAAGGGAACAACUACUCUUACAACCUGCAGUGGACCCAGAGGGAACCCGAAGCCACGGAUGGAAUCAUCGGCUACUGGAUCAUUGUCCGAAAGAACAAGCAGAACCUGCUGUCGAAGCAAAUAGCCCUCAAGGGCAAGGAGCCAGAGAAGGGGGUGCUGAUGUCCUACAUCAUUCCGGACCUGAGAAUCCCACUCUCCUAUGAGGUCCAACUAUCUCCCAUCACCACCUACAGCACUGGGGAAUACGUCAGCCGUAUCAUCCAGUAUUCAGAGCCUUACACCUAUCCAAGACCUUCAGAUCACGUGUGUGGUUUUGAGGAUCAGAGGAUCUGCGGUUUUUCUCAGGAUCGUAGUGAUGUCUUUGACUGGACGAGACAGAAUCACCUGACUCAGAAUCCCAAACGAUCUGCCAACACCGGUCCGGAGACAGACCGCAGCGGAACCAAAGAAGGCUACUACAUGUACAUUGAGGCAUCACGACCUCGUGUUCAAGGGGACAAAGCUCGUCUACUGUCUCCACUUUUUAAUGUGACCACGGUCAGAGGUCCCAAGGGAUCUGGCAGAGUCCCUUACUGCGUCUCCUUCUACUACCACAUGAAGGGCAAACACAUCGGCACUCUAAAUGUUCUCCUGAGAGUGAGGAGCAUUGCAUCUGUGGAUACCUUGUUAUGGACCAAGUCAGGACACCAAGGCCCCAAUUGGAAGAAAGCAUACUUUGACAUCAAUCCCAGUGGACCAUUCCAGAUUGUUUUUGAAGGAAUCCGAGGGCCGAGCUUUGAGGGCGACAUCGCUAUCGACGACGUGUCCAUCACCAUAGGCAAAUGCAAGCAGGAAAACACUGUAGCCAGCGCAGGUAAGACAGUCCUGAUCGGCGGAUCGCAGGCACUCCCAUUAGCCAGCUGGCUGACCUUCAGCCUGUCCUGCAUCCUUGCACUGCUGUGCAGAUGAUGAGCGGCCGCUGCAGCGCCACCUUCUGUCUGUGCUGACAGACACUGCCCUGACUCGCGCUCUUUUACGUCUUCUCUCGACCCAACUCCCUGACUUCCCUUCCUUUCUCUCUCUGUCCACUUUGUCCUUUGUGCAUCCGUUCUUACAUGCCAGCAUUAAACAUCCUUUUUUUUUUUUUUUUUGCUUUAUUUCAACACAUA